AUGGACGAGACGCUCUCGCUGGGCGACCUCAAGGACGCGCUCAAGGAAACGCUUGAAGCACGGGGCUCGCUGGGUCCGAUCAAAGCGCGGCUGCGCGCCGAGAUCUUCCAAGCCUUGGACGAGGGCGGCGUGAAGCCCAAGCUCUCGAACGAAAACCUGAUCAUCAACGAACUUAUCCGCGAGUACUUGGAGUACAACGGGUAUCGCCACACGCUCUCGGUCUUUCUGCCCGAGUCGGGCCAGCCGCUCGAACGCCCGUUCCAGCGCCGCUUCCUCGCCCACGAGCUCCACAUUGCGGAAGACCCGCGCUACAACCAGAUCCCGCUGGUCUACGGCAUCGUCGCGGCGCUCCAAGACGCGCGAACAACUGCCGAGAGUCCUCCUCGUACUACCCGCGUCGCCGUGGAUUAG